CAGUGUGUGUGCUGGUCCUGCCUGCCAGAGAGGGGAGUCGAGAGCUCUGCUGGGAACUACAUGGUGCUCAAUUUUUCAAGAUGUCGUCGCUGGAACAGAGGCUGUCGCGAAUCGAGGAGAAACUAAAGCAGGAAAAUGAAGAAGCUCGCCGGAGAAUCGACCUCAACAUCGACAUGAGUCCGCAGCGAUCACGUCCGAGGCCGAUCAUCGUGAUCCAGCUCAGUCCUGCUCCAGCCCCUUCCCAGCGUGCAGCACUCCAGCUGCCACUGGCCAACGAUGGAGGCAGCCGUUCAUCGUCUUCAGAGAGCUCGCCUCAGCACCACCCUUAUCCCAGCCGCCCGCGUCACAUGCUCACCCUGCCCACACCUCCGUACGGCCUACAGAAGAGCCUAGAGAAUGCAGAGAUCGACCAGAAAUUGCAGGAGAUCAUGAAACAGACGGGUUAUCUGAAGAUCGACGGUCAGCGGUAUCCAGCGGAGGUGACAGACCUGAUCAGUGAGGGGGAGAUCGGCAGCGGCACAUGUGGACAGGUCUUCAAAGUGCGAUUCAAGAAGACCGACCAUGUCAUUGCUGUCAAACAAAUGCGUCGUACAGGAAACAAGGAUGAGAACAAGAGGAUCCUGAUGGACCUGGAUGUGGUGUUGAAGAGUCAUGACUGUCCUUACAUAAUCCAGUGCUAUGGCGCUAUAGUUACCAACACGGAUGUUUUCAUUGCCAUGGAGCUGAUGGGAACGUGUGCUGAGAAGCUGAAAAAGAGAAUCCAGGGCCCCAUCCCAGAGCGAAUCCUUGGAAAGAUGACCGUUGCAAUAGUGAAGGCAUUGCUGUACCUGAAAGAAAGACAUGGUGUCAUCCACCGGGACGUCAAACCCUCCAACAUCCUCCUGGACGCUAAAGGUCAGAUCAAACUGUGCGACUUCGGGAUCAGCGGACGCCUCGUCGACUCCAAGGCCAAGACCCGCAGUGCAGGCUGUGCCGCCUACAUGGCGCCUGAGAGAAUAGACCCUCCAGAUCCCACCAAACCUGACUACGACAUCCGAGCAGACGUGUGGAGCCUUGGCAUCUCUCUGGUGGAGCUGGCCACGGGACAGUUUCCUUACAAGAACUGUAAGACAGACUUUGAGGUUCUGACCAAAGUGCUGCAGGAAGAUCCUCCUCUGCUGCCUCUCAGCAUGGGCUUCUCCCUCGACUUCCAGUCCUUCGUCAAAGACUGCCUCACAAAGGAUCACAGAAAAAGGCCAAAAUACCACGGGCUGCUGGGGCAUAGCUUCAUCCGGCGUUACGAGGUGCUGGAGGUGGACGUGGCCGGUUGGUUCCAGACGGUGAUGGAUCGCACCGAGUCUCCUCGCAGCAGCCAGUGUUACAGCCAUCAGCACCAGCUCCACUCGCUCUUCAUUGCAGGGCCACAGCCAAAGCCUGCUAGAUGUGCAUACUUAAACCUUCCACGCCCCGUCACGCACCAAACCAAAUCACUGCUAGACACAGAGAACUGAGGACUGGCAACUAUAGAGAGAGGGAAUUGUUAAGUGCCAGAGAGAGAAAGAGAGACAGAGAUCCAGGGAUGUUGUCACGAUUGCAGAACAGAUGAAGCGAAAAUGAAGCGACAGGAAAACGAAAGGAGGGAACAGAGUGAGGCGAGAAGGAAGACAGACAGCGUUAAGAAAGUGGAAUGGGAAGUUAAAGAAAAGUCAGCGACAAACUGGAGUUGGAUGACAGGAAGUAAGUGUGUGUAUAAAAAAGAGACGAAGAGAGGAAGUCUCGCAGGACUGUCGAGCUCUGAGGCUAGCUGGUUAUUGUAAAAAGCUUUCAUGGUGUUUCACCAACAUACCAAUUAUGAUCUUAGCGAGUGAGUUAGCGUGUUGUGUUUAUGAUGUUUACUGUUCUGUUCAAACAAUGUUAUUUAUUUACAUUGCUACUGCUGCUACUUUUUUAUUGCUUUAGACGCUGCUGUCACUUCUUUUCCCCAAAGGACAAAUACUUUAUUCUUUUUUUCUUUUAAGCCAAAUAAGUGAAAUAAUGCAAUGUCAACACACGUAACCAAAUACAGAAGAGCAAGUCCGAAGAGGGCGAAAGCAAGUGAGAGAGGGUGAGAUGGAUUAGAAGAGAACGUGCAGGGAGGUCGGCUUCACAAAAAAGUACUAACAAAAACAUAAGCACACACCUCAAAUGUAGCUCUAUGUGUAAUUGAAGUAGUUAAUCAUCUAUAUCACGAUGUCACACUAAACUCUGUACAGCGUAGAUAUGAGUAGAGGGGAUGUCUGUCUGUCCAGAUGCUUGUUGUCACCUCCAUUUUUACUCGAUUACUUUACUCGAUCCAUCCCGUCCUUCCAUCUGUCCACAGGUCGCCUGCAAGCUUGACAACCUUGACAGUUCACACCAAAGGUGUCCACAACUCAACGAAAAUACGAAAGAGCGUUGUUGUUAUUGUUCUGACUAUUGUUAUUGACAUUAUAAUUGAUUACUCUCAGCUAUGAUAUAUAUGAAAUCUCUCUAUAGCUAGUGGGGGGUGGGGUUAGCGCUGUUGUAUAGCAGUGCCGUGUGUGCGUGUGUGUGUCAUAUACUGUACAGGGGGAGACUGUGAAACUAACGUAUGACAAUGGCCCAGCCACAAAACCAGCCGGCUCAUCCUUUUACUCUGAAUCAACUCACCAUGGGCCUGUAUCAGGAGGUAAACCUGGGCUACUUGGCUUCACUGAGCCCACUGAACAUUAGUGAUCCUGGAUUACUGGUAUCCGUUAGCUCUGGGUUUCUUGAUAGGAGACAGAGUUCUUAAUCACAAACAAAUUAAAUGUAAUGUCAUCAAAUUCAACUGCAAUGUCUUGUUGCUUAUCAAAAGUGAUAUACACACCUGUACAGACAUACCUGCAAUAAGCUUAUAUCGGCCAGUUUAUAGGUCUCUACUACGUUUCCCAUGAAAAUAACCUUGAUAAUGACGAUGGAGACAGGAGAUAUUGUACAACUAUUUUCACACUUUGAGUGGUGCUCCUCCUCGUGAUGAGUAAACUAAACUUCAUAUGUAAAAACUGUUCUUAAUAUGCAGCUUUAAUAUUCAUUCAUUAGGAUGUUAUAGCGUUUUAAACCCUGUAGACACAUGGUUGUAUAAAAACUUAAUUAUCAUGGAAGUCAAACUAAGUCAUCUUAUACAUGUGUCUCUGUUGCUUGUUACUUUAUUAUAAACUCUGUACUACAUGAUGGUGAAAUGUUGUUUCCAGUGAUCUGAUUGGUUAGUAGGCUAGAGCCUGCGUUAACUUAACCUACUCCGUUAGCCCUGCAGCGCCGGUUACCAUGGUGAUCAACCCCAGCUUAAAAGCGAAACAGCUUCAUGAUACCAGAAAACCUGCGUUAAGCCCAUGUUGCCUCGUGAUACAGGCCCUGCAUGAGCAGAUAUGACGGUGAGUCGAUGGACUCAGUCAGUUCAGACUUCAUCAAGUUUUAAUGACAUGAUUGAGCAUCCAACAGUGAACAGGGACUGUCGUUAGUUAUCUUUCUCUUGUAAACUAUCCAGAUGACAGGACACAGGGCUGAUAGUGACAGACCUGCCCAGCCUCCCUGCUAAUACUGUUGUUUAUAGACCUGAAUCUGGUGCUUAGCAUCCAGCAGCUGUAGCUGAGAUGUACUCAUUGGUGCGGUUUCAAAAAAAAAAAAAAACACUCUACGAGACGGGGCGACCCGCUCUCACUACUAACGUUCACUGUUCAAACUCUGUAUGUGUAAUCUGUGUCCAAACACAAAGCUGGACCCAGUCUCCCACUGUCGAGCAUCUCUGUUAUUAAGCUGUAUCUUACACACGCACACUCUCGCUCGACUGUGCUGGUUUGUGUGCAUUUCCAUCCAAACACCUGAUUGGGUGAUGGCGUCACACUUACAGCUCUGUGAAACCAAUCAGGUCCGGCCAGGUGUGCACCUGCUGAAUUAGGAAGAAUGAUGCUGUGUGUGUGUCUGUGUGUGUGAGCGUGUGUGUGUGUGUGUGUGAGAGGAAACAAAACAUCUGAUUACUAAUCUACACACACAUACACCAAAUGUAUAAAGUUAACCCAUUCUACACAGCAAUGCUUGCUACUGCCAAUAGUGGCUUUAUGUGUAUAUUAGCUUGUCUGGUGUGAGGCCAGAGGUGUAUAAAAACAGCUAGUUCAUAGCGAGUACCUGUGCUGUGCCUUUACACCGAGGGGGGAAGCGUGUGUGAGAGUGUGUGUGUGUGUGUGUCGUACACCCAUCUGUAAGUAAACCAAAUAUCAUUUUCACUAUGCAGUCAUUCAAACCAUGUCAGCUUGCUUCGAUAGGAAAACAAAGCCUCCUGUACAUACACAGGUUUACGGAUAAACUGGAGUUGGCGACAGUGUGUUUUUCUUUUUCGAGCCCCCCCUCCCAGUGUGAUUAACAUCACCGCCUUCAGCUAGUUCACAGAGACAAAGAGAGAGAGCAAGAGAUAUGUUUUGAAUGAGCUGACAAAUAUUUAAGGAUUGUAUUGGGGUCGGGGAGGGAUGUGGGUUAGACUGGGGUUUGUAGUUUUUGGGGGAGAUACAGAUCAAUGCUGUAAAGUAUAUCAAUUGCAUGUUAUUGUCACCGUUGUAACUGCCAUUGUUUUGUUUGUUUGUUGUUUUUGGUUUUGUUUUUCUUCCAAGACAACGGUCGGUUGGGGCGGGGAUGCACAAAACUUUAUCCUUAUUUAUGAUUUUUACACAUAUAGUCUGUAUUUUUGUUUUGUUUUUUGCAAAAAAAAAAUGUUGAAUUAUUGUGUACUUAGGAAAAGACACUUUUUCUUUUCGCCUUUGUUUCUUUUCUUUUCUUUUUUUUUUUUAAAUGUUCUCUGUAAACUUUGCAAUAUACUUUUUCACUUUGGACCCGUCACUAGUUGUCGAGGAGGAGCUGUAUCUUUAUUGGCAGACAGUGUUUGUUAGAAAAAAAUGUCCUGUUUUCCCCUCAUUUAUGUCUUUCUUUUCAGUUAGCUGUGUGUGUGAGCGGAGAGUGUGUGAUGUUUAUUCGUCUACCAAAAGUCUUUAUUGAUGGUGAUUAUUAUUAUUAGCUUUUAUUUUUGUCCAUUGUUUUUUUAAUUAUUAUUAUGAUUACUAUAAUUACGGUUAAUAUUAUUAUUAUUAAUAUUAUUAUGUUUGUUUUUAUUAUUAUUAUUAUUAUUUUUAUUAUUCAGGGCAAAGAUGACACCAAAUUGAACAAAGAAAUAAAUGGGUGAUCCCAGACAGUGCUGAGAGCUGGACAGUGUUGUCCGUCUUUCUAAAAGGUUUUCUUUCUGGCGAGGUGGAGCAAUCGUUUUCUUCUCACCGUUACGCUGUAGUGUCUGUCCACCUUAUUUAAACCGCCACAUAAAGAUAACCUCUGAACUGAAAGUCUAAUAGUAUUUUUUUAUUAUUAUUAUAUAUUGUUUUUCCUUUGAUCAGAUAUCAUGAUCGAUUUAUUUCUUGUUACCCCAGUUUGGGUCAUAAAUUGUGUGCUGUUAUUUAAUUUUUUCCCCCCUCUCAUCCCUGCCCACUGCUUUUGGAUUUUAUUUUUUAUUCUAUUUUAUGGUUAUUAUCUUUUAUUAUUUCUGGUUUGUCUGAUGCUGUAUUAGUGAGCUGAUUGGUCAAAUACCAGAGCUUUUUUUUUUUCUCUCUCUCUCUAAUGCUGAGACUGUCGUGACUGAUGUUGCACUUGUGAUGGGUUUCAUUUUGUUUUGUUUUUUUGUUUUGUUUUGUGUUGCAGAUUGUUGUGCAGAGAGGAGAAUAUUGGGUGUUUUCCUUAUUUUUCUUUUAAGUCACAGCAGUUAUUUUAUCAAUCAUAGAUCUGUGACACAGAGCAAGAAAAAUGAUUCUACAGUGUAUUUUUUUCACUGAUAUUUAUUUAUUGGUCAUUUGUAUGUUUUCUUUUUUUGUUUGUUUGUUUUUUAUUGUGUAUUGCUUUUUUGUGGAGGGCAAACAGGACUCAAGGUAGAGGAGUAAUCUCUCAUUGGCAUUUUUAUCGUGUACAGAAAAAUCUAAAUAUUGUAUUCAACCAUCACACUAACGUCCAGUCUAUAAAGUAACAGAUUAAAAUAGAAACCUACAGCACAGCGAAGUGCAACGUUCUGCCUUUACUGUGGCUGUCCGACAUACUGACAUCCAUUAUUUUGUUUACUGUUUACCCUCUCAGAAGGCCCCAACAAACAAACAAACAUGGGUUAAAGCUGAGUAGCCACAGCAUGGUGUAUUUGAACUCUAGUGCUUUGCUAAUAACUCACAGUUAAAGCUUGUAUUGUUUGAAACUUGGAUGGUUUUUAUCAGUAAGUACCGAAUGCCAGCAACAAAGCAGACUAGAUUUUUAUUUUUAUUUUUGUUUUUAAGUUUUAGGCAUUUCAGAUGAUGAUAACUACUAUGAUAGUGGACUGAGUGGCUUGUUAUUAAUCUGCACUCCCUGUUAGUGAGGUGGGACACGCCUGCUUUGAAAUAUCAUUGAGGUUUGUUGCUUGGUUUUUCUAAAUGCAGUUCUAAGUCUAGAUUGCAUGACUUUGCUAGUUUGCAGGGUGGGGGGAGGAUUGACUUCAGUCACCGCUGUUGCAGUUCAAAGGCUUCUUGUAUGUACGACACCAUGGAUUUAUUGUCUUGACAGUUGUAUCAAUCGACACAGCUUUACUGCCCGUUUCUUUCUCUCUCUUUUUUUUAUUUUUUAUUUGUUUGUUUGUUUGGCUGUAUUUUAUCCCCCCCCUUCCCCUUCCCCCGAGUCUCAUUUCAAACAGAAUAAAUGCCAUUAUAUUGUGAAUACCUCAGGAUUUUUUUGGAGAAAAAAAAUAAUAAAACACUUAAAAAUCAAAUAAAUAAAUAAAAAAACCUCAUAAAAA